UUUCCCAUCCUUCCUCCAAAACACUUCAACACCAGUACCAGAAACGUUACAGAGGAAGCAAUUUCUUCCCAAAACACGCCGCUGAAACAAAAAUGGCUGCUCAUUCUCUCACCUCACAUUCUCUCUCUUCAAUCGCUUCUUCAUCGGAGCUUCGCAAAUUCGAUUCCUCUAAUUCGUUUCUUCCAUCUGCUAAAUCAAGGAGUUUAGUCAGCUCGUUUGUCGGAAAUCAGCUCGCAAUUCGGCAACCUAACCCUAAUUUUGUCGUCUUGAGGCGGCAAUCGACGAUUAUGACCGUUACUUUCAGCUUACCAGCAAGUAAGCCGGAGGGAGUUUCUGCAGAUAAAAUGCCAAAAUGGUCUGCAAGGGCUAUAAAAUCGUUCGCCAUGGGUGAGCUCGAAGCAAGAAAACUAAAGUAUCCGAACACAGGGACUGAGGCGCUUCUGAUGGGGAUCUUGGUUGAGGGAACAAGUCAGGCUGCAAAAGUUUUAAGGGCUAGUGGCGUCACCCUUUUUAAGGUGCGAGAUGAAACCAUCAACUUGCUUGGAAAAUCUGACAUGUACUUCUUCAGUCCGGAGCAUCCUCCAUUGACCGAACCAGCUCAGAAGGCUCUCGAUUGGGCUAUUGAUCAGAAAUUGAAGUCAGGUGAAGAUGGAGAAGUAACUGUAACUUAUUUGCUUCUCGGAAUCUGGGAACAAAAGGAGUCUGCUGCUCACCAGAUAAUGACAGCUCUUGGUUUCAGUGACGAGAAAGCAAAAGAGCUUUCGGAAUUUAUGGAUAAAGACAUUGUUCUAGCACAUCAUAAGUAGGGUGUUUCAGAAAUCGAGAUCACCUAUCUACUUCUACCAUGUAAACUCCUGGCAGAACUUUCUGGAAGUGCGUGGCUUCGUGUUGAAGAGGAGUUCUGAAGGUAAAUGCAUCUUUUCCAGCUGAUCUAGUCGAAUUUUCCCGAGCAAACUGUAUACAGAAGAGUUCCCUAUGGAGAGGUGCUAAUCAUCACAUGUUAUUUCAAUUCCUUCUCUUCUUACAUCUGCAUUUAUAAUUAUAUUUUCCUUUUUCCUGUAUUCCCAUUUCAUCAAGAUAGAUUUAUUUUGGGGAAUAGAGGUUUUGAUGAUGCGCAUUUUAUGGUGGAAUCAUUGUAUUUUAUUGAUUCAAUCAAGUAAGAUUGGGUUUGGUACGAAAA